AUGGCAAACAUGAUUAAGUUAGUCAGUACUAUUGGUUUUUCUGUAAUAUUUGCUGUUAUUCUCAAUGAAGUAACUGCAAAACCCCAACACCCUCCUCUCAAAAUCGUAAAUGGAACAACCGCUAAAGAUGGUGAAUUCCCAUACAUGGUUCAAUUACUUUCCGAUUCUGAUGCUUUCUUUUGUGGUGGAUCAAUUAUUGGCGACAGAUGGAUUUUGACGGCCGGUCAUUGUGUUGAAGCUAGUGAAGGUGGAAAAGUCGUAUACGGAACCAACCUUUUGGCCGAGGAGAAACAUCUAGACACCGCAAUAAAGAUCAAAAAGAGUUAUUUACAUCCACUAUUUGCCUAUAACUACACUUACGGUGGAGACAUCCCAUAUUUUGAUGUUGGUAUUCUUGAGCUUGAACAUGCUAUUCCAUUUGAUGCCAAAGCACAACCAGUCCAAUUGGCUAAUUCCGAGACUAAUUCCAGUGCUCCAAUGCCUUUCCAUCAAAAUGGUACUUUAUCUGGAUGGGGUGUUAAUGAAACCUUCGGAGCAGCUGCAGAAUUCUUACAAAAAAUCAAUUUGCAACUUUUAAAUGAUACAGAAUGUGCCCGAAAGAUUGACGACUAUGUUAGUGUGGAUAUCUUCAACAGUACUCACAAUUUGUGUAGUGAUGAUUACUAUAACGGAGAAUGCUUCGGUGAUUCUGGAAGUCCUUUUGUUGUCAAUGGACUCCAAUAUGGUGUGGUUUCCUGGUCUUUCAAACCGUGCGGCAUCACUCCAGGAACUUACAGUCGUUUGACUACGCCAGCUUACCGUGAAUUUAUCAGAAAUGUAACUGGAAUUUAA